CAGGUGGCGGUAGUGCAACAGUCUGCUCUCGCCGUUAAACGACAAAGAAGAAGACAUGCGCUGUGCCCGCCACCAGACAGAGCGAGUUGCUAAUGUUAAUACAGCGUUAGCAAACAGUGCAGCGGCGCAUUUGUUUCAGGAAUACUUUGUAACCACAUAAGUCGACGAAUCUUGUAACAUCCGGACUACAAUGCUCAGGUGUAUGUCGGCGAGUCUCCGUGGAAGCUUCCUGACAUGUGCUCAGGUCCACAAGACGUCCUCACAGGGUCCACUCAGGAUCCGCUGUGCUCUGCUGGCGCAGACUAGGUUUUUAUCUCAAGGUCAGAGGUCAUCAGCCCAGGUCAAGCUGAGGACCCGUGUGGUGGUGACGCUGUUGUUUGGCGGCGGGUUGCUGGCGGCGUGGAGCUUCGUGCAUGCAGAGAAGCAGCAGAAAGACCGGAAGCAGCGUUUGGACCAGCUGCGUCAAGUUGCUCUGGGUCAGGGGAACUUCAGCCUCUUGGACCAGAACGGGCGGCGGCGCACCAAGCAGGACUUCCUGGGCUGCUGGGUGCUGCUGUACUUUGGCUUCACGCACUGUCCCGACAUCUGCCCGGACGAACUAGACAAGAUGAGCACUGUGGUGGAAGCUUUGGACCGGGACCCAUCUCUUCCUCCGCUCCAGCCCAUCUUCAUAACAGUGGACCCGGAGCGCGAUGAUGUGGGCGCGCUUGCUCGCUACGUCAAAGACUUCCACCCUCGCUUGGUUGGUCUCACUGGCACGGUUCAGGAGGUGAAGGAGGCGGGCCGGGACUACAGAGUCUACGCCAGUGCCGGCCCCAAGGACGAAGACGGGGACUACAUCGUGGACCACACCAUCCUCAUCUACCUCCUGAGUCCUGACGGCCUCUUUGUAGACUACUACAACCGCAUGAAGAACCAGGAGCAGAUCAUGGAGAGUGUGCGGAACCACAUCAAGAACCACCGCAUGCUGGCCGAUGCAUGAGCGUACGCGCACACUAAAUAAGAAACAUUUAAUAAAUUCAAUAAAAGACAUGAUUAA